CCCUUUCCCUCCCCAGGAGGAGCUGGGGAGGCUCUUGGGGGUGGGGCGGAACACAGGGAGCCCCCGCAUUCCUUCCGGGGAGACGCCAAAGAGUCCUUAGCAGCCAACAGCCAGAAGGGACCAUGGCGCGGCCACCAAUGCAGCUCCCACUGCCUGGGCCCUGGGGCCCCCCAGCGCCCCAGCUUUUUCAGCCAUUUGUGCUCCCCGGAACCUUCUACCCUCGAGGCAGGGACCGACCCCAACCCCUGCAGCCCAGGGACGCUCUUGGGGGCAAGAGCAGAGGUGACCACCGGCCAUUGCUCCUGUCUCUCUCUCUCAGGCUCAGCCAACCUGUGCCAUCUGCCCGCGCAGGAGCAGCCCUUCCCUGCAGCCUGGGCACCCCUGGCAGGGGGGGCACCCCAGGCCCCCCAGGCACCACCAGCAGGUCUGCAGAGGGCUCCAUGUGGCUGCCUCUUCGACCCCCGGGUCUUCCGCAUCCAGUGGACAACCACCGACCUGCCUCCACCGGCCACCGCCACGCUCGGCCAAGGCGCCGCUUCUCUGCCGGGUGCUGCCCUGUGGGGUCCCGGGGGCUGCGGGGCCCCCCUGGCCUGGGCAGCCCCAGGGACCCCCCAGGGCCAACCACAAUACCUUGCACCCUACGAAAAUCUGAGGAGUGGGGUGGCCCCAGCCCCUCUGGAGCUGCCAGUGUCCAUCCCCGGCUACCAGCACAUCGAGGGGCAGUUGGCACAGAUCAACAUCUCCAGCACGGCCACCCCUGUGGGGGCACCCCCAGGCAGCGACGUCCCCCUGGGCAGCAGUGUCCCCCCCAGGCCCUGCGCUGCCGCCCACAACCAAGCCCUCGGGGACACUGCAGGUGACCUUGCAGUGUCCGAGGAGAUGCUCCUGGAAGAGGCCCUAAGGCUCUUCGGUUGCUCCCUGGAUGGAGUGGGGGUCAGCCAGGAUGGUCCCAGCAGCGGCCCCAUGCCUGGGGACCCUGCUGGCACCAGUGGAGAGGGGAGAGGGAUGGCCCCAGCCCCCCCAGCGCUGCCAACACCCAUCCCCGGCUACGAGGACAUCGAGGGGCCAUUGGCCAAGAUCAACACCUGCGGCAUGGCCACCCCUGCGGGGGCACCCCCAGGCAGCGACGUCCCCCCAGGUGAACUUGCAGCGUCUGAGAAAGUGGCUCUCCAAGAGGCCCUAGUGCUCUUUGAUUGCUCCCUGGAUGGGGUGGGGGUCAGCCAGCAUGCUCCCAGCAGGAGCUCCAUGCCCGAGGACGCUGGCGGCGCCGGCGCAGCCACCCCCAACUGCGACUUCAGCUCGCUCUCGCUGCCUGAGGAGCUGCUCACCCCUGACUACUGCAUCCCCGAGCUCAGCGACAUCAUGCUGAGCCUCAAAAUAUCCAACGUCAUCGGGAUGGAGCCCCAGGAGCCGUGGCAGGAUGCCGGGAUGGACCUGCCACCAUCCCCACCUGCCGUGGCAGACAAGCCGAGGAAGAGGCAGGCGCAGAGCUCCUUGCCAAUGCCACCCAGCAAGCGCAGGGCUCUCGCAGCCAACGUGGGGGUGUGAGGGGGGGCUUAG